AUGGACAACCAGAAGAUGAUGGCAGGUCCAGAAACGGUGACUAUGGCCUUGCUGGGCAAGCGCUGUGAUGUCCCUGCCAACAGCUGUGGACUCAAUGGCUCUAACUCUACCUUCUCCCUCAAAGACGAGAUCAUCACCAGCCUUGUGUCUGCCUUAGACUCCAUGUGCUCAGCGCUGUCCAAACUGAAUGCUGAGGUGGCCUCUGUUGCAGUGCAUGAUGACAGCACCUUCGUGGUGGGCACGGAGAAUGGGAGAAUGUUCCUGAAUGCCUGGAAGGAGCUACAGUCAGACUUCCUCAGGCUCUGCCAUGAGUACCCCAGGGCACCAGAAGGCCAGGCCACCAUUCCCUGGGGACAGAUGCUUGAGCCUUUGUCUGGGUCCCCAACCCUGUCUAGCCAGGGUGGUGAAUUAAAACAAGGAAUUUCUCAAGACUUGGCUUCUUCCCCCAAAUUAGACAGAUACAAAGUAGCAAGGCAGUUAACAGAAAAAGCAAUCAAGGAGAAGAAGAUUUUCUCUAUCUACAGACACUGCCCGGUGGUGCAUGCGGCUCUGUGGAGGAAGGGCUGGGUGGAGAAGAAGUUCCACUUCUUGCCCAGGGUCAUUGCUGAUGUCGAGGAUGGAGGCACCAGGGUCGCUGAUGAUAAACAUGCUGAAGUGAAAGAAAAUACGGCUUUGGAGAGAAUAGAGGACAUCCACGAUGUGAUGUCUAGGUUGGUAAAAAACGAGAUGCCCUACCUCCUCUGGACCAUCAAGAGGGACGUCAUUGACCAUCACAACCUGACCUGUGGCCAGAUGCUGAACCACUACGCCAAGACCGCCUCCUUCACCACCAAGAUCAGGCUGUGCGUGACCCUGAGUAGCCUGCCAUGGUACAUCCCGGCGAACCCCGACUCCUACCCACGCUGCUACAGCCUCUGCGCCGACAGCGAGCAGCAGGAGGACGUGGCCCUGGGGCACAGCCAGCACCCCAGCUCAGCACCUCUGGUCCCCUGGCAAGGGCUCGUCUGGAAACUUCCGUGGGCAACCUCGGAAGGGGGAGGGGCACUGCGGCUGUGGAAUGACUUCCAGCAUACCAUGGCAUCCAGCAUCCUCAAGGGGGUGGUCAGUCACCAGACCUGUGGCAGGAGCAAGCCCAGGGCCCAGGUGGAGGAGGCCGAGAGCAGCGAGCUGAGCAGCAGGACAGCAAAUGGGUUUCCUGAUCUGACGGCGGGGCUAAACACCGAAGUCGCCCGGUUUGCGAAGCACCUGGCAGUUAACACAGCCCUGGGAUAUCCGAGUCCCAUGCUCACCACCACGGUUCUGUGCCAUGGACGUGGUUCCAGCCUGUGGUCGCACCCCAUGGCCACCCUGAUGCCACAGCCCGAGUCUCCCCAGAAAGGCCCUCAUCAGGCAGAGAAGAUCCCCCACAUGGCCCUUCACAAGGCCUUUGCCUGGUGUGGCCUCACAGGGUGGAGUUUCCAGGUGUCUGUCUAUCGGCAGAACAAACAUCCUUGUGGUGAUGCUUUCAUCUCCAAUUCGAGAAAUUACUUUCCACAGUGCCAGGCUCUGCUGAAUAAAAUCACCUCCGUGAACCCUCAGACAGACAUCGACGGGCUGCGGAACAUCUGGAUUAUAAAGCCUGCGGCCAAGUCCCUGGGCUGAGAUGAGUUUGCUGACAUAGUGUGCAUGGACCAUGUGGAGGAGAUCCUCAAGCUGGUGGCUGCAGAGCACCCUCCUUCCAGGGACAAGUGGGUGGUCCAGAAGUACAUCGAGACACCAAUGCUCAUCUAUGACAGCAAGUUUGACAUCAGGCAGUGGUUCCUCAUCACGGACUGGAACCCCCUGACCAUCUGGUUCUACAAGGAGAGUUACCUGUGGUUCUCAAUACAGCGCUCCUCCCUGGACAAGCUGGACAGUGCCAUCCACUUGUGCAACAACGCCGUCCAGAAGCACCUGAAGAAUGACGUGGGCUGCAGCCCUCUGCUGCCAGCACACAACAUGUGGACCAGCGCCAGGUUCCAGGAGUACCUGCAGCGCCAGGGCUGUGGCGCCACAUGGGGCAGCGUCAUCUACCCAUCCAUGAAGGCAGCCAUCGCCCACAUCAUGAUGGUGGCGCAGGAUCACGUGGAGCCUCGUAAGAACAGCUUUGAGCUCUGCGGGGCCGACUUCGUGCUUGGGAGGGACUUCAGGCCCUGGCUGAUCAAGAUCAACUCCAGCCCCACCAUGCACCCGUCCACACCUGUCACGGCCCAGGUGUGUGUGAAGGUGCAGGAGGACACCAACAGCAGCUGUGACAUCGGCAACUUCAAGCUCCUGUGGAGGCAGCCUGUGGUCGAGCUGCCCCCAAUCAGCGGGCCUGACCUCUGCAUGGCGGGCAUCGGUGUGAGGAGGGCAAGGAGGCCGGCGCUGCCCGUCUGCAACCUCAAGGCCUCAGCCUUGCUGUGGGACGCACAGCCGUUGAAGGCACAGUGCCCCCUCGCCAUGCUGGACCCCACCCAGGGACCCACACGACCGGCUUGCCAGCGAGACCUGGGACUGAAGGAUGAGAAGGGGCUCCCCCUGGCCUUGCUGGCACCCCUAAAAAGGCCAGCCAGGAGCGGCAGAGCCGUGCAGCCCACCCGCACCAAGGCUGCCGGGAAGGCGGAGCUCCCUGCCUGCUUCUGCUGCCACGUGGACAGUCAGGCCCUGAACACCUGUGACCCCGAAGCCUGGCCUACCAGAUACUCAGAUCCAAACCUGUUUAAUGUGCACCUGACGCCUGUGCUGCAGGGCCUGAAGACAGAGGAGGGCACCCUGCGUCCGCCACCCGGAGCCCCAGGUAAUGCGGGGGCCAUGGGGGCCGCCUGCCCCAUCCCUAACUCUCCCUCACCAGCAGCCACUGUGCCCUCCAGGACAGGGCACAGAGCAGGCUUCGAUGCUGGGCCCCGGGUGUCCCCUGACGGAGGGUUUGGGGUAUGCGGCACCUGUUCCAGCCCCGCAUGGGGGUCGGACGGGGGAAGUGGGAAUGCUGAUCAGGUGGAUAGUGGGGUCCCCUCUGUAGAACCUGCUGGGUGA